UAUAAAGGCGAUAAGUCGGCGGCUGCUGGUGCUGCUGCGUUAUACAACGUGGGGGGGGACAGCAAAGCCAGAGCCCAGCAACCAACCAAGGGCGUGGGUGGACAGGUAGACAGGUGGGUGGAUACGCAGGUGGGGCCAUCGGUGAGGUAGGUUAUCAGUGGGGCAGGUAGGUGGGCGAUAAUUUGCGCAGGUAGGUGCGAGUUGGUGGUGGUGGUGGUCUGGUGGCGCGGUGUUUUUGGUCGGUGCCGAGCGAAGAGGCGAGGUUUGAGUGGAUAAAUCCGGCAUGAUCGAGACCCAGGCGAGUGACUGCGUGAAGGAGAAGAUGGGGGAGGAGAUGACGGGGGAGGGGGAGGAGGAUGAAGAGGAUGAAGAGGAGGGCGUUGGCUUGAGAAAGGGCUGUGAUCCGUUCUACAUGACACGCCGUGGCAAGCUGCAGACGGAGCGGAUGAAGCUCAACGAUCGCAUCAUCAGGGUGGCGCGGCUUCGCGAGGGCGCGCAGAACCUCUACAGGGCGACCAACAACACGAAGGUGCGCGAGUCCGUGUCCCUGGAGCUGAGCUUCGUGAACUCGAACCUCCAGCUGCUGUGGGAGGAGCUCGCCGAGGUGAACGGCUCCGUCGACGUCUAUCAGCCGGAGAGCACCACCGUGGCCAUUCCCAUGAUCCCGUUGGGUCUCAAGGAGACGAAGGAAAUCGACUUCACGACUGAAAUACAGGAAUUCAUAUGCGAGCACUACGGAGAGGACGGGUCCAAGUACCUGCCCGAAAUAAAGGAAUUCAUGGCGCUGAGACAGGCUGCGCGCACUCCGACGCGGGACGAGGCCGGCCUGGGCCUGCUCAUGGAGUACUGCUCGCAGCUGGCGGCGGCCGAGGCGCGCUUCUUCCCCCCGUAUCGCAGGACGAAGAUUCGCUUCACCUGGUGCGACUCUCUGUCGGGGCUGCCCUGCGAGGACCGGGAGGCUGGGUUUGAGCGAGCGAGCGUACUGCUCAACGUGGGAGCCCUCUACACGCAGAUCGCCGCGCGCUGCGACCGCACCGCGCUCGCCGGCAUCGACAGCGCCAUCGCCGCCUUCGAACGCGCCGCCGGUGUGCUGAGCUACCUGGCGGAGGCGCUGCCGCACCCUCAGACGGCGGACCUGUCGCCCGCGUGCCUGGCCCUGCUGGUGCGCGUGUGCGCGUGCCAGGCGCAGGAGUGUGUCUUCGAGCGCUUGUGCCACGCGGGCCUCCACAACGACUUCCACUCGCUCCUCACGGCCGCGCAGGAGGCCGCCAAGGUGGCGGAGGACUACACGGGAGUGGUAGGCGCCAUGCAGCAGCCGGAGCUGGCGGAGGUGCUGCCCUUCUGCUGGAAGUCGCUGCUCAAGGCCAAGUCGGAGCACUUCGGCGCCGUCGCUCACUACUACCUGGCGCUCGCACUGCUCGACCACGCACCGGCGCCGGGCGAGGACUCGCGCGACCAGGAGAAGGCCCUCAUGGACGUUCACGAGACGCUGCCCGAGGGACCCUCCAUGCACGUCGUCGUGACGAACCGCGACGAGCGUACCAAGCUAGCGUUGGGCCACCUGAGCAAGGCGGUGUGGCGGCACGAGGAUGCGGUGCGCACCGCCGAGCUGUGCCGCUCUCUGCGGAGGCUCGGCAACCUGCAGAACUUCCUGGCCACGGCGCGCGACCAGGCGAAGGCGCGGCUCGCCAAGUUCCAAACCGACGGUGGCUUCAUCAACGCUUCGGAGGCCCCCGAAAUUGCCCCGGAAACCCAUCACAACCCAGAACUGAAGCCCCCGGUGUUCGACAAAGUGGAGGGCACAGACAUCUUCCGCCGGCUGGGCCCCCUGUCAGUCUUCUCGGCCAAGCAGUGCCUGAGCAAGCCUCGCAAGGUGCACCUGUCCAAGCCGGCGGAGGGAUACGGCAUGCGGCUCGGCGGCGAUUCGCCCGUCCGCGUCGUGCUGGUCCAGCCUGGGAGCGCCGCCAUGCGAUCGGGCAUCAAGGAAUGUGACUACAUCAUCGGGGUCGGAGGUCAGGACUGCCGCUGGUUGGGUCAAGCGGCCGUCGCCGACCUCAUGACCCAAGCCGGGAUCGCUGCGGUGGAGGUGGAGGUCGUGACCCCGCUAAGGUUGCUCACCUUCAGCGAGGGCUCGCCGGAGCAGCGGCGGAUCGACAGCAGCCCCAGGCCGCUCGCCACGGGCACCAUCACGGGCGCGUCGACGCUGACGAGCGGCGAGCGGGUUCGCGGGCGCAAGACCCUGCGCGACAAGGUGUCGUCGCUCUUCGGGCGCAAGAAGAGCCGCCCCAAGAGUGUGCCCGGCACGCUGAGCAGCAUGUUCGACAGGACCAAGGACUGGCGCGGGUACUGACGCGCGCGGGUCGACCCGUGGCGCCGGACGAGCCGUCGGAAAAAGGAACCGAUUUCUCCCGCGCCUGCCGCCUGCGGAGCGUGAAUGUCGACCGCUUGGGAUUGUUGCAUGCGAACGAUCUUACUUUGUGCCUUGAGGAUGACGGAGCCGGCGAGACUGUGGGCGAUAUGAUGGUAAAAAAAAGCAAUAAAAACGAGAUGGUGACGGGACAGGGACGCGGGACCGGGGCGGGGGAGGGCAAAGAAUCGUUCAUUUUAUCGAUUUUUUUUGAGCACGAGUUCCGACAAUUCAUCGAAUCGCUGGGUCGGUGAAUUGUUGCGUGUCAACCGAACAGCCUUGGUCGGUGUGCAGGCAGUGGCAACUGCACCGGGCUCGGGUGCCGCUAGGGUUCCAAGGCCGACAAUCCGCCAUUACUACACCCCUUUUUUUGCCGCCUUAAUUCUACCAAUCGACAGGGGGUGUCGAACUUGAACGGCGUGCGCGCCGGUGUAGGCCGCACGUGCGCGACCCUGUUCCGUGACAUUAUUUAACAGCGGAUUGGACGGCCUGCAAAGCUAGACUGCGGAAACCACCCACCCCGCUCCCCCCCUAUAGGGACUUGAUGUACCGAAUCUGUGCCGAGUCUGUUCCCUUUGUGGUUUGAAUUCUGGGUCUUCACUCUGUGGUAAUGCCGCAAGGUGGCCCUUGUUGCUACCGGCAGCGCCGUUCAAUGAAUAAAUAAAGCGUCAAAAUCCGACGUUCAUUUCUCGGUCACGUGAUAAAAACUCAUUUGUCUUUCUCAAAAACUCGAGGUUUCAUACCUUCAAACGAGAUGACUCCUUUUUUUUUUCUUGAAGAAAAGAAACUUUCAAAAGGAAUACAAAUUAAUAUUGUUCUUAUUAUAUGAAUUGUUGCUGUUUUAAUAUUUAUUUUUUAAGAAUGUAAUGUAAAAAAAAAAGGUUGGGAGGGGGUGUAAAAGAGAACGCGCCGAACCGCAAUCGCUCCCGUGGUAUGGUUUUGUCUGUGGUCGACGGCUGCAACUGAUCGAUUGCGGUCACAACUUUGAAGGCGAUGACCGUGGCACCGGCAUGUUUUUUUUUGUGGGAGCUUUGAGAUGCCUUCACCAUGCGCACACUCGCGGAUUCUUCACGCAACUGCGGCUGUGUUUGUACCGGGUUUCGGACUGCGAUCGAUCGACACGAUCGGCAGCGUUUGUAUGCGUGGUCAGCCUGCUCUUUACUUGCAUUCAUCUGUUUUUUUUUCUUUCUUUCAAAUGUCCAUGUUAUUUAUUCGUUUUGUCUCAUUGCAUUUGUUAAGGCGCUGGUGCAGGACCCAUCAAAAGACAUUUGACUGUUCAGUAAAGCAAAAGUGGGCUUGGGCAGGGACACGUCGUGGCUCAGAAGAAAGUCGAUGGCCGGUAGUCAAUGUUGAGGACGGAGUGGCAGCCAAUGGAGGGAGCACACCCAGGAGGCAUCGAUCGUGGAGAUGAAGCUAUGAAAUGGGCUCGUGUGUAGGAUCUAGACAGAUUUUUGGAAGAUGAUGAUGGCUUGGUAGGAGGCCUUCAUGUAGCAGUGGAUAGAUCAUAGCUGAUGACGAUGACUAGAUUAGAGGUAUUCCCAGUGGUCUUGAUGGUCGUGGCAUCUAAACUGAAACUAAAAUUGACCAUGAAUUUAACAUUUUCGUUUAAUUGGCUAGGAACGUCCCCUCUGAGUCCAAUUCAAUUUUUUUUCAGGAGGGUCCUGCACUGGUAUGUUUGUAGAAUUAAUUUAAAAUGAGAGUUUAGCUUCAUGUGGGAGGGAAUCGAACCAUGCAGAGGAAACGCACCACGAGCAAAGGAGCCACAUGCCUACAACAACUUGGCAAGCUCCGGCCGCAUCUCAUCCAAAUCCGUGACCAGGCUCAACGCCUUCCGAUCUGACAAGAUCUGAUGAGCGGGAGGGCACUUACCUGAUCUCGCUGGAUCUCAGGAGCUAAGCUUCUGAGCCUGGUUAGUAUUUUGGAUGCGAGGCUAACCUGCCAAUACAGGUGGUAAUAUGGCUUGAACUAUUAUGCAGUGUCCGGAAUGUAGCAGCACUUUUUUUUAGCAAGAGUCCGGAACAGAGCACGAGCAAUUAAAAUAAAAAAGAGGGAUGGUGGUGAGGGCACGGAAAUUCCAGCGGACGAAAGCCCCGAGGUGCGGCGUUCACGGGGCAAGGGGAAAGGGAGAAGAGGUGGGCUCGUCUACCCCACUGCUAACGUAGGGACAGCGGACGGGACCAUGGAUUUGUUUUUUUUGGGGGGAAGGGAAGGUCAAGGGGGAAAAAAAGAGGAGAGCGGUGGGGGGGGGGCAGAUUCUUGAAUAUUUCAGUUUUACCCCCUUGUAUGCAUGGUGCGGUUUUCAUUUGAAUUCCUCCCACACGAGACCAAAGAUGAAUAAUCAAUUGCAUUGGCCAAACAUUCAAUUGUUUUGUGGAAAAGGGUAUUGAGACUUGGUGAAGCAUUCCAGGGUAACUAUGUAUUUUUUUUUACUUUGACUGCAUCGCUUCUAUCUAGUGUUGCCACCUGUCCUAGGUUUCCGAGGAUUGUUCUCUGAGGUAGCUGUCCUGUGAAAUCUGGAAGUCUUCCUGUGACGUUAAUAACACGCCACUCAAAACACUACUUUUACCUGGAGUUCUCCCCUCUUCCAGGAUUGUGCGAUAUUAUUGAUCUCAUUUGUCCAGAUUCUUAGUACCAAAAAGGUGCCAACCUUAUUUUCACGUCUGGUUCUAUCCUGGGUUUAGCCUGUGGCCUUGUAACCAAUGCUCAUGUGAAGCCUAUACAAGGCCCUGAAUAGAAUACAAAGGUGGUCCCCAUCAGAAUUUUUCACAGAACCAUUCCUGUAAACUCGGGGAGCCUUAAUUGUACCAAAUUUAACCAAUGCAUUUGCUCAGGCCCUCAGUAAAAUUGCAUGGAUGUUUUCAGCCCUCUUGACUGUACCUAAAGCUUCAAGAAAAAAUGGCCGUGUGUUGCUAAGGAACAAAAAAUUAUAUUCAGAUGAGAUUUUUUUAAAUUGAAAACUAUAAUUGCCUCUGUAUUUUGAGCCACACAUGUAGAGGCAAGUUUAGUUUAAACCGUAUAAUGGAAAUGAUGUGUUUUUUUUUAAAUAUCAUAAUAUGGCAUCAUUUCUCGCCUUUCAAUUAUAUUUAAACAUGUGUGAUGACAAUGUGAUGCAUUUAAACACGGUGAAAUUAAAGCUUUACUUUUUAUAUUUAAAAAAUAUACAAAACAUAUGCUAAAUAAAUUCUAGAUUUAUAUUAACUCCAAAGUUUAUCUUUCAACAAAGUUUAUUUACUGUACUCAAUGUUUGCCUUAAAGUAUAACCUGUUUUGCACUUAUUGGCUUUUGGGUUAAUGGUUUAACAAAUGUAUAUUCUGUAAAAAAAAUCCUAGUUUUACGUCAUUUGCUCACAGUAUUGUAUGUAUGGUACUUUUUAAAGUAGCUCCUUGCUGUGACAUUGUGCAACAUUUCCACGGUGUGUUUUGUAAGAAUUAUAUCUAGAUAUCGUAUAUACGUUUGUUAUUAUUGUUAUGAUUUCUUAUACAAAAAAAAAUCAUGAGCAGUCUUUCUUUAAUUCGGUGUGGCCAAAUUUCAAUUUUAGAGAUGCUGCCGUAGUGUGAAGGUAGACACGGUGGACUUGCAAUCUAGAAUCUGCUGGUUCCAUAUCCUGAAACAAUGCUGCGAGUUUCUUAAAUCCCCCCGCCUCUGUCCACCCAGCAGUAUAAAUGAAUAUACCACGGUUAGUUAAUUGGUAAGUCUGUGUGUGUGUGGUGGUGGGAUAAGGUUGUGGGUACUCUCACAUCUUACAAGAUGCCUAACCAUCCUGGAAGAUGAGGCCAAGACUCUGGCAAGGGGCCCUCCAAAACUUCCUCUCGUGGAGGCCCUGGUUGCCAGCACUGGCAUGAGCAAGACUUUUAAGGGCAGUGCCUUUAUUCUUUAUUUACUGGACAUGUAAUUCCAACAAUAUGUUCUAAAUCAGAUUUUUUCUUAAUAUUUAAUCCCAAGCUAAUAUAGUAGCUUUAAUUUCAAUGAUCAACGCUAUCGACAACUUCUUGCCUUAUAUUAUACUGUUUUGCAAUGUAUACUACUCGCUUCCUUCAUGUGAAGAAAUAUGGCUUUUGGAUCUCUCCCUAAUUUACGAAGAGCAUUAAAAUACCGAGGCGAAAUGAAAUUAUAAAAUUUGGUCACUUCACUUUGCCACCCUUCAUUUAAAGAAAUAUGGAGGAAUAAUACCGUAAAGUUAAUGAUACUGUAUAUAAAGUGGUACGUUAUGAAAGAAAUUACCUCGCGGUCGAAUUAGUUCUACAAGAGACAAGGUCGGAUUUAAGAGUUUUGGGAGCAGAAUAUUCAACGUGCGCCUCGAGUGGUACGUUAUGAAAGAAAUUACCUCGCGGUCGAAUUAGUUCUACAAGAGACAAGGUCGGAUUUGAGAGUUUUGGGAGCAGAAUAUUCAACGUGCGCCUCGAGUGGCACUAAUUACAAUUCUGAAUUUGAUUCAAUACCGUGCCGUAGAUUUCCCGUCAUGGUACGUCAAUGCUAACUGCUUAAAAAUUAGCUAAACUUUUAGCAAAUUAAGACGUUUUGCUCCACCGUUCUCAAAACAGACCCAAACGACCAAAGUCCUACCAAAUAUCCCACCCCCCCGACAGAAUUUGCUCCAUUUUUAUUUAAUUAUUCAAAACGCACACUACAAAAAAAGGAAAGUCUCUUUGACGGCAAUGAAUUUGUUCUCGUAUGCAGCCUCAUCUUGUGUGUUCACUUGUCAACGUGUUUCUUUCCGAGCCGGUCUUGAUCAAUAAAGUGAGCACUGUUCUAAGCA